UGGGACGCAACUUCUGGCUUCUCUCAACCAGGAAAUAACCCUGGAAAAGCAACUCUGAUCUAGCUCAGUCUUAUAUCCACACAUCUUUAUCAAAACAAGAUGAAAACAUUAUUUUUGUUGCUUCUGUUCUGUCACAUUUCAACAGCAGCAAAACACUCCUUUAACACCUUCUAUACUGCAUCUUCUGGAGUGGCAAACUUUCCAGAGUUUGUAGGAGUUGCAGUGGUUGACGGUAUUGCGGCGGUUUCCUGCGACAGCAACAGCAAGAAAAUUCAACCAAAACAGGAGUGGGGGAAACAAACGUUAGAAAACAAUCCUCAGCAGUUGGAGCAUUACACUUGGCAGUGUUUUGAGAGACUGCCGCACCACACUAAAAUUGAAUUAUAUGAUUUAAAGCAGCGCCUCAACCAAAGUGAAGGUGGACACAUUUUACAGCAGAUGAGUGGCUGUGAGUGGGAUGAUGCGACUGGAGAGUUGAGUGGUUUUAUGCAGUUUGGUUACGAUGGAGAAGACUUCCUGGUAUUCGACCUGAAGACAUUGACUUGGAUUGCUCCGAAACAACAGGCUGUUGCCACCAAACUGAGAUGGGAUACUUCUGCUGAAAUAAAAUACACUGUGCACUAUCUCACUCAGAUGUGUCUUGAGUGGUUGAAGUUGUUUCUGACCUAUGGCAAGAGCUCUCUGCAGAGAACAGACCCUCCCUCUGUGUCUCUCCUCCAGAAGACUCCCUCCUCUCCAGUCAUCUGCCACGCUACAGGUUUCUACCCUGACAGGGCCGUGAUGUUCUGGAGGAAAGAUGGAGAGGAGAUUCAUGAAGACGUGGACCACGGAGAGAUCCUUCCCAACCACGAUGGAUCCUUCCAGAUGAGUGUUGACCUGAAUGUUUUAUCAGUCACACCUGAAGACUGGAGGAGGUACGACUGUGUGUUUCAGAUCUCUGGUGUGAAGGACAACAUCAUCACCAAAAUGGACAAAGCAGUGAUCAGGACCAACUGGGCAGAAGAACCCAGCGUCAUGACCGUCCCCAUUGUCGCUGCAGUGGUUGUUCUUGCUCUCGUCCUCAUCGCUGCUGCUGGAUUGAUGGCUUACAGAAAAAAGAAAACCAAAUGUACUACAAUUGAUCCUGACAACAGCUCUGAACUCUCUGAGGGACUGAAUCCACACAUUGACAAACACACUAAAUGAGUUUCCUCAUAUGACAUGUGACACAUUAUAUACAGUAGCUUUUCAGAACUAAAGAUGGCUUCAUGCAACAAAAUUGUAAGUGCCUGUAAGUAAUCGGUAUAAUUGUUGUGCUUCAUAUGUAUUAUGUUAAAUGUAAUAAUUUAUUUCACAUUAGAAAUUUAUAAUUCAUGAUCUAAAAAAAAUGUUGUUUGAUUUUGUCAUACAUGUUUAUUUUAUCAUUCAUUUUACAUUGAUGCAAUCAUUUGUUUCAGUUUCUAAGCAUGUCUUUUUUAUCCUUUUUAAAUGAUACUUUAUAGUUUUUAAAUUCCUACAUAAGUUAUAGGUUUCUGAACAUGUAGAAACUGAAUACUGUAUCUACUUCUGAUGACAGAUUAUUGAAAUGGGUUCUUUGGUAAGACAGGUGAACGUGUGGUAUAAAAAUACCACAGGGGUUACUAACUAGUUUGUAAUUGGUAAGGCUAGUGGAAUCAGAUAGACUUGCUUGGGUGGGUGAAGGAUUAUAAAGGUUUGUUGUAUCACCUGCUGUGUUCAAUGCAGGCUGAUUAUAACUCAGCAUAGUAUAAGGAAUUCUGUAACCUGUUUUUCACAGAGCACAACCAUGUAGCCUAAUGUGCGAUGCGUCUACAACUAAUCACAGCUUAUAAACUACUGUACUGUAACUACUGUAUUAUGAGUAUAAAGUCACAAUAUUUGUGCUGUGCAUUAGCCUACUUUAUUUCUCUGCUGAUAUCGUAGAUUUAUUAUCUAGAGGGCAACAACAACUAUAAACUCGGAUGGUAAUACAUCAGUGUAAAAAUUUCAUGCCUUGGAAAUUUUCAGUGUUCAGUCUUGGGUAAAUAAACCUAUAUCAUUCCUGGCUUAAUCAUUUCACCAAUAAACCUCUUAUUCCUUUGUGAUUUUACUUAAGAAGAACUUUAAAUACUUGCAGAUGGCUUCAGUCCCUAAUGUUAGUGCUGACAAAAUGGUAAUUUUGAAUUCUACUUUGUGCUUCUGUUGCAUUUAGUUUUCCCCUUAAGCCUCAGAGAACAUCAGGUGUUUCUUCCAGUUUUUGAAGGCGACAUACACUUUAAUAUCAUUUACAUGGUAAUUGUAUUGUGAUUAUACAGAACGAGAGCCAUAAUUGUUCUGAAGAGUGGAUUAAUGGCUAAUUAAAUGAAUGAGUGCCA